AUGAAAGAAUCAUCUCUAACAGAUUUGCUCAACCUUCCCAGGCCCGACGUUUUCCAUUCCCUUCACUGUCUCAAUGCCAUACGUAACGAGAUCCAACCAGUGCUCUACAAUGUUUCCAAUGAGGACAACGCUCACUCUCAAACUGAGCGGAAAAUAGCAGAGAAAAUCGGUGACCCCAUGUGGAACGUAAAACAUAUGGAACAUUGUUUGGACCGCAUCCGGCAGGCCCUUAUGUGCCACGGCGAUCUGACUCCGUCUCCUCUUUAUUCAUGGCCGGGAUUUCCACUCUCUCUAGGGAGGUCAGGAGCACAUACUUGUCGAAAGUGGGAACCUAUUCGGGAAUGGAUGAAUGAGAGGGCUAACAAUGGUAAAGCUCUUCACGAACGAUGA